GUUCUCAACAUCCAGAUUCGUCUCCUCAGUGGCAAGACGAUCUCCGUCGAAGCGGAAGUGGAUGAGUCGGUGGAAGCGCUGGGGCGUCGUGCUAGGAAGUCCUUUGGAGUUGGAAGAGGCUGUCUCUUGAACUCCUGCGGCAGUGUGCUGGAAGAAGCUGCAACGCUUGGGGAUUGUAAGUUGCAGAACGGCGACACUCUCCUGUUCCAAGUUCGGCAGGUACAGGUUUGUGGCACAGACCAUGCGUUUGCCGCCAUUCUUGGCAAUGGAUCUGUAGUGACCUGGGGUUCCGCCGACUACGGCGGUGAUAGCAGUGCUGUGCGACAUCGGCUGAAGAAUGUACAGCAACUCACGGCUGCGGUUGGUGCUUUCGCUGCAAUCCUUGGAGAUGGAUCUGUUGUGACCUGGGGGGAUAAGAGACUUGGUGGUGACAGCAGUGCUGUACAGGAACGGCUGCAGAAUGUGCAACAAAUCCAAGCCACCCGUCAUGCUUUUGCUGCCGUUCUCGGCGAUAAAUCCGUCGUGACCUGGGGUUAUGCGUCCAGUGGUGGGGACAGCCGUGCCGUGCAAUCUGAACUCAAGAAUGUGCACCAAAUCCAAUCCAACAAGCGUGCCUUUGCAGCCAUCCUUGAUGAUGGAUCGGUCGUGGCUUGGGGCAGUUCCGAAUGUGGUGGUGACACCAGUACCGUAAAGGACCAGCUCAAAGGCGUGCAGCAGAUCCAGGCAUCAACCCAGGCUUUUGCGGCUCUUCUUCGUGACGGAUCUGUGGUGCCCUGGGGCGAUGCUCUCUUCGGUGGAUGUGGCAAAACUGUGCAGGAUCGGCUGCAGAACGUGUGCCAGAUCCAGGCCACGGAACGGGCUUUUGCAGCCAUUGCUGACGAUGGAUCUGUCGUGACAUGGGGUGAUGCUAACUUUGGUGGCGACAGCAGUGCGGUGCAGGAUCAGCUGAAGACUGUCCAGCACAUCCAAGCCAACAUCUAUGCUUUUGCUGCGAUUCUCGGGGACGGAUCUGUCGUGACAUGGGGAAACAAUGGCUGCGGUGGUGACAGCAGUGCUGUGCAAGGCCAGCUGGUAAAUGUGAUAGAAAUCCAAGCCACCACCCAUGCCUUUGCGGCUCUUGUUGCAGACGGAUCCGUGGUGACAUGGGGCAGCGAUGGCUAUGCUGGUGACAGCAGCGAUGUGCAAGAUCAGCUCAAGAACGUCAAGGCGAUCCAGGCAUCGGACUAUGGCUUUGCAGCGCUUCUUCGGGAUGGAUCCGUGGUGACCUGGGGCGAGGAAAUUCUUGCAGGUGACAGCACUUACCUAGAGGAUAGGCUGAAGGAUGUGCAACAGAUCCAGGCCGCCAGACAGGCUUUUGCGGCCAUCACUGGGGAUGGAUGUGUCGUGGCAUGGGGCAGUGAUGCCUGUGAUGACUGCAGUGCAGUACAGCAUCUUCUCUGGGACCUCUGA